CGGGCAGAGGCGGCCCCGAGGGAGCCCGGAGCUGGCUCUCCCCCAGCACUGCCUUCCGGGGCGGGAGCGGCGCUGUCACCGCGCCAGGGGGACCGUCGACAUCAGCGCGUGCGACAGUCGCUUGACAGAUGCGGAACUGAGGCCCUGAGAGAGGACGUGACUUGCCUGAAGUUACCCAGCGAGUUAGGAGCAUCGCCGAGGCUGGAGCUCAGGUGCCCUGACUCCUGGUCCGGGGCUCCCUUCUCCACCCCCAGCCUCUCAGCAGGUGGACAAGAUUGUGGACCAGCUGCAGCAGUUAAUGCAGGUGUAUGACUUGGCUGCCCUUCGGGAUUAUUGGAACUACCUGGAACGUCGGCUCUUCAGCCGUUUGGAGGAUAUGUAUAGACCCACCAUCAACAAGCUGAAAACCAGCCUGUUCCGCUUUUAUCUCGUCUACACAAUCCAGACAAACAGAAGUGACAAGGCUCAGGAGUUCUUUGCAAAGCAGGCCACGGAGCUCCAGAACCAGGCCGAGUGGAAGGAUUGGUUUGUCCUGCCCUUCCUGCCAUCCCCAGACACCAACCCCAUCUUUGCUACCUACUUUUCUCGCCAGUGGGCCGAUACCUUCAUCGUGUCCCUGCACAACUUCCUGAGCGUCCUGUUUCAGUGCAUGCCGGUUCCCGUGAUCCUGAACUUCGAUGCAGAGUGCCAGCGGACCAACCAGAUUCAGGAAGAAAAUGAAGUUCUGCGCCAGAAGCUGUUUGCACUGCAAGCUGAAAUCCACCGACUGAAGAAAGAGGAGCAACAGCCAGAAGAGGAAGAGGCCUUAGUCCAGCACAGACUGCCUUCUUAUGUCUCCAACAUGGACCGCCUGGGGGACUCGGAACUAGCCAUGGUGUGCAGCCAGAGGAACGCUUCCCUCUCCCAGUCGCCUCGUGUGGGCUUCCUGUCCUCGCUGCUGCCUCAGAGUAAGAAGAGCCCCUCAAGGUUGUUGCCUGCCCAGGCCCCCCCUCAGGCUCAGAGCUCGGCCAAGAAGGAGUCCUUUGGCGGCCAGAGCACCAAGGGUAGGGAGCCAGCAUGUGCGCCCAAGGACGGGAAGAGCCUCUUCAGCGGGCUGGCCACUGGGGAGUCCAGCUGGUCACAGCACCGCCAGCGGCGCCUGCAGGACCAUGGCAAGGAACGGAAGGAGCUCUUCUCCAUGACUCUGCAGUGUGCAGAGAAGAAGCCCGAAGCUGGUGGCCCGGAGGCAGAGCCCUGCCCGGAGCUCCACGUGGAGGUGCUGGAGACCCUGGCACGGGCUCCUGCCGCAGGCCCUGAGGGUGGGGGGGUCCGACCCGAGCAGCCGUUCAUCGUGCUGGGGCAGGAGGAGUACGCAGAGCACCACUCCUCCAUCAUGCACUGCAGAGUGGACUGCUCGGGGAGGAGGGUCGCCAGCUUAGACGUAGAUGGGGUCAUCAAAGUGUGGUCCUUCAACCCCAUCAUGCAGACCAAGGCAUCCUCCAUUUCCAAGUCGCCACUGCUCUCUUUAGAGUGGGCCACCAAACGGGACAGGCUGCUCCUGCUGGGCAGUGGUGUGGGGACGGUGCGCCUCUAUGACACGGAAGCCAAGAAGAACCUCUGUGAAAUCAGCAUCAACGAUGAUAUGCCCAGGAUUCUGUCUCUCGCGUGUAGCCCCAGCGGGGCCUCUUUCGUCUGUUCAGCUGCAGCUCCGAGCCUUGCUGCCCAGGUGGACUUGUCCGCACCAGACAUCGGCAGCAAGGGCACUAACCAGGUUCCUGGCAAGCUGCUGCUGUGGGACACGAAAACCAUGAAGCAGCAGCUCCAGUUCUCCCUGGAUCCGGAGCCCAUUGCCAUCAACUGCACAGCCUUCAAUCACAAUGGGAACCUGUUGGUCACGGGGGCAGCUGAUGGUGUCAUUCGGCUGUUCGAUAUGCAGCAGCAUGAGUGCGCUAUGAGCUGGAAGGCCCACUGCGGGGAGGUCUGCUCUGUGGAGUUCAGCUACGAUGAGAACACCGUGUACAGCAUUGGCGAGGACGGGAAGUUCAUCCAGUGGAACAUCCACAAGAGCGGCCUGAAGGUGUCCGAGUACGGCCUCCCCACUGACGCCACGGGCCCCUUCGUGCUGUCGGGUUACAGCGGCUACAAGCAGGUCCAGGUCCCCCGGGGCCGACUCUUCGCUUUUGACUCGGAGGGGAAUUACAUGCUGACGUGCUCUGCCACAGGGGGCGUCAUCUACAAGCUGGGCGGGGAGGAGAAGGUUCUGGAGAGCUGUUUGAGCCUGGGUGGCCACCGCGCCCCUGUGGUCACCGUGGACUGGAGCACAGCUGUGGACUGCGGGACCUGCCUCACUGCCUCCAUGGACGGCAAGAUCAAGCUGACCACCCUCCUGGCCCAUAAAGUCUGAUGGGGCCCGCCCCAAGGGCCACCCACGGCAACAGUAUUAUCCUGGGAGGCAGGCAGAGAUGGCUCAGGAAGACAGGGCGCUCCCCUUCCGGCUCCCUGCCAGGGUGGGGAGUCUUCAGGGAGAGACUGCCCAGGGGGCUCGGGCACUGUCCAGCCGCCUGACGAGAACAGGAGCCACGUAGAACUGUGGCACGUGUUCCCCAGACAUCGGCACGCUGGCCUCUGCCAGGAGCAGGCUCCAGACGGUGGGAGGAAAGCUCAGGAAGCAGGAGAAACAUUGUGGUGGCUGCUCUGUUGGCCUAGAAGAGAUUGAAAGUAUUUUGUAUAUAUUCGCUCAGUUUUCUUUUUUUAAAAAAGAACGUUAUUGUGGUCA